UCUCCCCCGCCGGCCAUGUUGGCUCCGCUCGGGGCCCGCGGUUAAGCCGGGUCCCCGCCCCUGCCGUCCCUUCUUCUGGUGGGCGGCCCCGGUUCCCGGCGCCCGGCCAUGUGAACGCCCGCCCCCGGCCUUCCGGGGAGACGCAAACCGGCCGCCCGGCGGCAGGACUCCGCCGCCGCCUCAGAAAUGGAGGCAAACGACCAUUUUAACUUUACUGGCCUUCCCCCUGCACCUGCUGCCUCAGGACUGAAACCCUCUCCCUCAGGGGAGGGCCUCUACACUAACGGGUCUCCCAUGAACUUCUCUCAGCAAGGGAAAAGUUUGAAUGGUGAUGUGAAUGUCAACGGCUUAUCUACUGUAUCUCACACUACUUCAGGGAUCUUGAACUCUUCCCCCCACUCCUCUGACACCUCCCACCUCCAUCACCCCAACGUGGCCUACGACUGUCUCUGGAACUACCCGCAAUAUUCGGCCGCCGGCCCCGGCGCCAACCUCAAAGAGCCGCCCCUCCUCUCCCAGUUCUCAGGCCACAGACAGUACCCGCUCAACGGCACCGUCGAGGGUGGCCAGCCAGGCUCCCCCCCGAGUCAGAACACUAACCUUCGGGCCGGCAGCCAGGAGUUCUGGGCCAACGGCACCCAGAGCCCCAUGGGUCUCAACUUUGACUCCCAGGAACUGUACGACUCUUUCCCCGAUCAGAAUUUCGAGGUGAUGUCCAAUGGCCCCCCCGGAUUCUUCACUUCCUCUCCCCCCUCCCCCAUGCUGGGCUCCGGCAUCCAGACUUUCGCACCUUCCCAGGAGCCCGAGCGUGGCGAGGAGGCCGCUAAGGAGCUGGCUCCUGGCGUGGCAGAGAAUGGCACUGGUUUGGUGGGUAGCCUGGAGCUGGAAGGAGAGCAGCCAGAACUGAAGAUCUGCGACUAUGACGAUUCAGCCCCUUCUGUGGAAUCUCUGCACCAAGAGGUCUCGGUCCUGGUCCCAGACCCUACAGUUAGCUGCCUUGAUGACCCCUCACAGCUUCCAGAACAACUGGAAGACUCGCCUAUUCUCGAGGAAGAUCCUUUGGAGCCCUUUGGCUCACUUGCUCCAGAGCCAGGGAGUGGGGGGCUCUAUGGGAUGGAUGACUCGGAGCUGGUGAGCGAAGAGGACAAGCUGCCUCUUGGUGUCAGCCCCGACAUCUCAGCCCUCGAAUGUCCGUCCCUCAACAACUCCACUGCCUUCAGCCUCCUAGCGGAUGACAGCCAGACAUCAGCUUCCAUCUUUGCCAAUCCCCCCUCCCCUCCUGUGCUCGGGGAGUCUGUCUUACAAGAUGGCAGUUUUGAGUUGAAUAAUGGGAGCGAUCCAGAGCAGGAGGAAGGAGAACCAAGCAUGUCAGCAGCCUCCCCCCCUGACCUCGAACAGGAGGCCCCAGCUCAGCUGUCCCCGGAGGACACAGACACAGACGGAAGUCCCGAGUGUAUCCCUGACCUUGAGGACAAGACUGUGGGGGGAGCUAGUGCUUCUGGCAAUGGAGAUAUCCUGCGGAGACGGGUGGCCACCCCAGAGGAGGUCCAGUUUCCCCUUCAGCAUGGAUGGCGGAGAGAAGUGCGCAUCAAGAAGGGCAACCACCGGUGGCAGGGGGAGACAUGGUACUAUGGCCCCUGUGGCAAGAGGAUGAAACAGUUUCCAGAAGUGAUUAAGUACCUGAGCCGAAAUGUGGUACAUCAGGUCCGCCGGGAGCACUUCAGCUUCAGCCCAAGGAUGCCCGUUGGCGAUUUCUACGAGGAGCGAGACACCCCGGAGGGCUUGAAAUGGGUACAGCUCUCCGUGGAAGAGAUACCUUCCCGCAUCCAAGCCAUCACCGGCAAGCGGGGUCGUCCUCGAAACACCGAGAAGGCCAAAGCCAAGGAAGUGCCCAAAGUAAAGCGAGGACGAGGGCGGCCCCCCAAGGUUAAAAUCACUGAGCUUCUGAGCAAGACAGAUGCCAGACUCCUGAAGAGGCUGGACGUCCCAGAUGCCCUGAGUGAUGGAGAGAAGGCCAAGAUGAGGAAGAUCAAGAAGAAGAUCAGAAGGAAGGCCAAAACCCAACGGAAACAAGAAGCCAAAAGCUCCAAGCAGAAGGAAGUGAAGAAGAAGCCCAAGGCCGAGAAGGAGAAGGCAAAGGCAAAGGCAGAGAAGGUGAAAGAGAAAGGCAGAAAAGAGAAGGCCAGGCGGAAAGACAAAGAGGAGGCCCGGCCCACCUGCAAGGCUGAGCGCAUGGCAGCCCCCCAGCGGCGGCUGGAGGAGCGGCAGCGACAGCAGAUGAUCUUGGAGGAGAUGAAGAAGCCCACAGAGGACAUGUGCUUGGCUGACCACCAGCCCCUGCCCAACUUCUCCAGGAUCCCGGGGCUGCGCCUGCCCAGCACCGCCUUCUCGCACUGCCUGACCAUCGUGGAGUUCCUGCACAGCUUUGGCAAGGUGUUGGGCUUGGAUCCGGCCAGGGACGUACCCAGCCUGGGGACCCUGCAGGAGGGGCUGCUGGGCCGUGGUGAGGCCUCGGCCGAGGUGCAGGACCUGUUGGUGAGGCUGCUCGGGGCAGCUCUCCGGGACCCGGGGCUGCCCGCCUACUGCCAGUCGCUAAAGAUCCUGGGAGAGAAGGUGUCCGAGAUCCCACUGACCAGGGACAACGUGUCGGAGAUCCUGCGCUGCUUCCUCAUGGCGUACGGCGCCGAGCCGGCUGUGUGCGACAGUCUCCGCACGCAGCCCUUCCAGGCGCAGCUGCCCCAGCACAAGGCCUCCGUGCUGGCCUUCCUGGUCCAUGAGCUCAACGGCUCUGGCAGCAUCGUCGAGUAA